UGUCAACACAGCCACGUUCCCAAAAUGCAUUGCGCUGAUACGGUGCGUUAGUCUAAAAGCCGACAUAGACUUUUUGAAGGAAGACGUGUCUGUAACAACUGCUGAAAUAACUAGCUGCGGAAGUCUUUGUCGUGUUAAAGACAUUUUGAGAAAUCAACCAUGAUGAUCAAAAUAGCCGCGUUUCUUGCUCUUGUCUGCUUGUGCACAGGAGAGAGCUGUUCAGACCCUGUGAUCACCCCCUCUGCCUACACCACCUCUGAUGCCGUCAUCUCCUCUGAGUCUGUCUUUAUCGUGGAGCUCAGCCUGGCCUGCACCAAUGGCGCCCAGAGUGUGGCUCUGUAUGCUGACGUCAAUGGCAGACAGUUCCCCGUGACCAGAGGCCAGGAUGUUGGCAAGUACCAGGUGUCCUGGAGCAUGCCCCACAAACAGGCUAGCUCCGGUACAUACCAGGUCAAAUUCUUUGAUGAGGAGUCCUAUAGCUCUUUGCGCAAGGCCCAGAGGAACAAUGAGGAUAGUGACUCAAUCCAGCCUCUCUUCUCUGUCAACGUGGAUCACAGGGGUGCAUGGAAUGGCCCGUGGGUGGCUACUGAGGUUAUGGCUGUUCUCAUCGGUAUCCUGCUCUACUACCUGGCCUUCAAUGCUAAAAGCACCAUCCAGGCAUAAAGGACUGCAAGUCCCACAAUUCUCUGCAACUGGAACUCUAAAAUACUGUUGAAUUCUGGUGUGACUUUUCUACCAAUCCAGAACAACAAUUUGCCACCAUCCAUUUCGAGAUGCGGAACUAGUUGUUUUAUAUUUUGUAUUUACAUUUUUUAAGCAGAAGAAGCUAUUGCAUUGUGUCAAGUUGUGGUAAAAACUGCACACCUCAAUCAAACCCGCUGUACCCCACAAACUGAAUUGAGCACAGUAAUUUUGUGUUCAAAAGCAAACCCAGGUCCUGAAAGUUAAAGGACUGUUUCUAUAUGCCAACACUGACUUCCUUUCAUAGCCUCAGGCUUAUUGUUUACCUACCGGUGGACUUGGCCUCUGAGAGACAAGAGUAUCUGUCCAUCAUUCUGUGGUCUUUCUUGUGAAGGACCUUCAUUGGUACUGAUUCUACACAGUCUAAAAUGACUGGUUCUGUAUCUACAAGAGUCUUGAGUAGGAGUGCUGCUCUAAGAUCAGUUCCCCCAUUUUCUAUUCAUUAUGAUCUGAAUAGCAAUACUGAUCCUAGAUCAGAACUCAUACGCUGAGAUACUGUGAAUACGGACACUGGUGUUUAAGAGUCUGAUGCCACUGUGGACUUGUCAGUUGCUGACUGGCUGUGUCUUACCGACAGUACAUGGAACUGUUGCACUGGCUCGCCGAAGAGGCCAAAUAUUCAAGUAUUGGUGAUUAUUUUUGCUUGGUGGUCAAAUUAAUAAAUGGUUUGCUUUUCUCCUA